CAGAAGUUUCAGCUCAGCGCUUCACGCUCAUCCACGACAGAGGGGAGCAUACGCACACAUACAGAUAAGAUGCUGCUCCAAGCGAGUGUGCUGGUUGGCCUGCUGUGCCUCAGUCACGCGGGCGGUGCGUGGGGAUUUGCCCGUCUUCUGGAGGACGUGGAGCUGCGCUCUGCGUUCUCAGCUGCGCGAACCAACAGCAUGGAGGGUGGACCGAAGAUGACGGUGACCUUCGACACUGUUUAUGUGAACAUCGGUGGGGAUUUUGACGCCAAGGCCGGAUUGUUUCGCUGUCGUAUCCCCGGGGCCUACUACUUCUCCUUCACAGUGGGAAAGUUUCCCCACAAAGACCUCUCUGUGAUGUUGAUGAAGAACAGAAAUGAGGUGCAGGCCAUUGUGUACGAGGAGAACGCUGGAGAGGAGAGGAAGGUGCAGAGCCAGAGCGUCAUGCUGCAGCUGGAGUUUGGCGACACCGUCUGGCUCCGUCUCCAUGGCGACCCCCGCUACGCGCUCUACAGUAACACUGGACACUACACCACUUUCAACGGCUACCUGGUCUACCCCGACACCUACGACUACCAGACGCACAACCGCCCACAGCGUCCCGCCUACAACUCGGAGCAGGACAACGUCCACCUGCUGAGCAGCAACCAGGCCGCAGAGCACCCAGGCUCCGGCACCAGGGACCCGGUGCUGGAGAAGGAGCUGCCCAACAGAGAAGAGGACGAGGAGGACGAUGAGGAGGAGGAGGAGGAGGAGGAUGAUCGGAGAUCUGCUUUCUCGGUGGGGCGCACCCAGAGCAUUCUGGGAGUGAACCAGGGCGGCAUGCCGCAGCACCAGCCGGUCGCCUUCGACACGGCCUUCGUCAACAUCGGAGAGGACUUUAACGUGACGGAGGGGCUGUUCACCUGCCGCGUCGCCGGGGCGUACUACUUCUCCUUCAACGUGGGAAAGCUGCCCCAGAAGACGCUGUCGGUCAAGCUGAUGAAGAACCGUCUGGAGGUGCAGACCAUGAUCUACGACGACAGCCAGGGCGAGAAAGCUCUGCAGAGUCAGAGCUUGAUGCUGGCGCUGAAGACAGGAGACACAGUCUGGCUCUACUCCCACCAGAGGGAUGGAUUUGGAGCCUACAGCAACCACGCCAAGUAUAUCACCUUUACGGGCUUCUUGGUGUACCCUGAUGUCCCCCCCACCUCCACCACGGCCACCACCACCUCCAGCCAGACACAUGGUGACAAGAGGCCCUGAGUGCAGCCAACUGACUCCAGGCUGAACAUUGUGGGAGGAAUUCAUGUGAAGUUUCAGAGUCCACAGAGGGGACUGGGCCGAAUACACCAGUAAUGAAUCAAUGCUGCUUUGUCUCUGCUUGAUAUGAAUUCCUCCACAAAGUAACGAGGACCUUGGACUGAGUGCAGCGCUUCAAAAAUUAUUCAUUUUCCAGCUAAUGGCUUCCAAGAACAGGACUCCAUUGCACUUAAAUGUACAUUUUUCACUCUAUAAUGAACUCAUAUCCGUGUCCAUACGAAUCAUACGUGAAAGUCGUCACCAAAGGGUUUAGCUGAUGAUACGUCUGCAUUACAGCCCAGAGGGAGCAGUGUGUGUCCGGUUCACUAUGAUUGGAGUAUUUCUAAGUUGCAAACGUCCUCUGGGAGAGGUUGAAACAGACCGGUUUUGAAAAUCAGCUUACAUAAAAAUUCUUGUAAAAGUACUAUGACGUAGAAUUGCAGUUUUAAGUCAAAGUUAAAAUGCUUCCAAAGGCUCAGUGGACGUGUUGUAAGUGUUUUAAUACAACACCGAAGCUUCAGGGUAGUGACUGUGAAUGGAGACAGACGGAUGUGAACUAAAACAAACCUCAUUAUCCUGCUAACUGAAGGCAAGAAAUGCAAACAUCAGCAGAAUUCAAACGUAAAUCUAAAAACUGGCAGAACAAAGUCCUGAACGAGGAUUUUUGUGAUGAGCGGAAAAACUCGGAAACAACACAAAAAGAUCUGGCAGCGGACAGUGAAAAACAAAAUGUAUAUAUGUCUAUAUAUAAAUAUAUAUAUAUAGGUACAGUAUGUAUGUAUA